AUGAGAACCUGUUCACACAAUGCAAAAACAAAAUUAUUUGUUUCUAAAUUGCAGAAAAUGUAUCACAUAGUAUUUUUUGAAGAGACUGCAGAGGUGGAGGUGGUUCCUGCCCUGUGGGUAAGGGAUGGCACCUGCCUGUGGCCGCCUUAUAAAACCGAGGCAAUCCAGCGGGCAGUCCGGAACAGGGAGGAACCGGGCAGCUCCUGGAUUGCCUACAAUGCUAGGGUGCUCUACUCAGCAAAUGACUUUAAUGAGGCGAGGAGGAAGCUCCCUCUUGCUGAGGAGCAGACAGACCUCCAGUCUGAGGCGGAAGCCAUUGAAAGGCCUCAAAGAAGAAGAGUUAAGCCAAGUAGAUAUGUCCAGGACCAGGCCUCAUCAGAGGAUGAAGCCCAGACCCCUGGAAGAGGGCUUCCCCCACCCCCAGCCAUCCCCCCGGUGAGGAGAAGGUUCAUCCUCCCCAAUAACGGGCCGCUAGUGGAGGUACCACCUGUACCUCAGCUUGACCUAACCAAUUACCAGCAUGUCAUGACCCUGGGGACAUCACUGCGGCAGGCCAUUGACCUGCAGGGUCACCAGGGAACCCAGGGGGUUCCAGUUCCAACUCCCUCAUCAUCUGGUGGGAUGAUGAGGGAGGAAUCGGCUGUCCAGGUGCCUACUGUUUGCCCCAACUCCUCUCCAGGGCAGUGGCAACAGAAGGACAACACGACUUGUAAGGUUUUUAUGGUUUACACUCACCCAGUCCUCACAUGCCAGUUACAGUAUACGAACACACAUGAUCCACACAUACAUACUAAUAUAAGAUGGUUUAUAAAGCUAAACACACACACACACAACAUGUAAAUGCAAAAAAUGCUU